CUACAAUACCUGUACCUUUCUGCUACGAGAACACACACACAGCAAGGACGCUCCAUCUCAGCACUUUUUCUGAGUGUGUGUGUGUGUGGUUGAAUUAUUGAUGAGUACGGAUGCUCAGAAUGUCCUGCCAAGGCCGUCCUGGGAGUGUGUGAGUAGGAGCGAGCGCUCUCUGUGUUUAUGUCUGAGCAGAGAUGGGUGAGAGGAGUACAGUGCAGCAGCCUGCGUACGAUGGCUUGUGCAACUACGCCCAAAAAAUCACCUCCUGCUUCGGACUUGACGUGACUCACACGCAUGAUGCUCAACAUCGCCAGGAGAAGCCUUCCAUCCAGUGCUAUAAGUGUGGCCAGCCAUGCAAGGGCGAGGUGUUACGAGUGCAGAACAAGCACUUCCAUAUCAAAUGCUUUACAUGCAAAGUGUGCGGUUGCGACCUGGCACAGGGUGGAUUCUUCAUGAAAAAUGGAGACUAUCUGUGCACGUUGGACUAUCAGCAGAUCCACGGCACUCGCUGUAACGCAUGCGGCGAGUUCGUGGAGGGCGAGGUGGUCACUGCACUGGGGAAAACCUAUCACCCUGCCUGCUUCGUCUGCACCGUCUGCAAAAGGCCGUUUCCCGCCGGAGACAGAGUGACGUUUAAUGGAAAGGACUGCCUGUGUCAGUACUGUGCUGAGCCCAUGUCCCCCGGCCCUUCUAAGGACAUCACAGGACCUGGCACCUGUGCAGGUUGUGGUAGGGAUAUUAAGAAUGGGCAGGCCUUGCUGGCAUUGGACAAACAGUGGCAUUUGGGCUGCUUCAAAUGUAAAGCCUGUGGAAAAGUACUGACAGGAGAGUACAUCAGCAAAGAUGGCGCCCCCUACUGUGAGAAAGAUUAUCAGCUCCAUUUUGGAGUGCGCUGCGAAGCCUGCCAUGAGUUCAUCACCGGCAAAGUGCUGGAGGCAGGUGACAGACACUACCAUCCCAGCUGUGCUCGCUGUAGCAGAUGUAAUCAGAUGUUCACUGAAGGAGAGAAGAUGUACCUGCAAGGAUCGACCGUUUGGCAUCCGGGCUGCAAGAGCUCUACAAGAACAGAGGACAGACAAAGGCCGACACGCUCGUCAUCCGAGAGUGUGUGUUCCAGACCUUGUUCAAGCAUACCUAGCUCACCGGGUCACACCAUAUAUGCAAAAGUAGACAAUGAGAUUCUUGAUUAUCGGGAUCUCGCCGCCAUUCCCAAAGUCAAAGCCAUUUACGACAUCGAGCGCCCUGACCUGAUCAACUAUGAGCCGCUUUACACCACUUCCCUCGACGAGAUGGAGGAGAGAGAGAGUGUUGGAGAGACACCAAGAACCAUGUCACCGAUCCCAUCUGCAGAUAGUUUUUAUGACAUAAAGGGUCACAUGUUGCAGCGCUCGACGAGUCAGGGCUCUAUCGGCUCGCCCAUCUAUAACCGUCACUGUUUCACGCCGACCCUGUCUCGCUCCCCACAACACUUUCACCGACCAGGCCCCGAGCCAUCCAGUGGGCGGAGUUCCCCUGGGGCCAGCACGCCCCCCCUCCCCCUGACCCCGAAACAUUUCCAUCUGCCAGAUCAGAGCGUCAACAUGUACAGGAAGCCACCCAUCUACAAACAGUAUGGCUCUGAAGGGGGGAGACGGAGAUCCCGAGAGGAGGAUGAGGAGGAACUCCUGAAACGUAGACAACUCCAGGAAGAACAUCUCACCAGGAUGCAGUCUGGUCUUGGGAAGCUCAUCCUAAAGGAGGAGAAGGAAAAGCAGCUGUUUCAAGAACGUCACGCACGAAGUCUGUCUGCACAGCGACAAACAAACGGCAACACAGAUCCAAGUUCUCCUGCCAAAACAGGCUCACUUCCUGGCUACGGACGAAGCGGGUUGCAUCGACCUCAAUCAACCGACUUUACUCAGUACAACAGUUACGGAGACGUCUAUGCUGGAGGCCGAGAGUUUCAGCCCUUGCAGGAUGGCCAUCGUCCUGUCAGCAGAAUGGACAGAGGGGUUUCGAUGCCUAAUAUGCUGGAACCAAAAGUAUAUCCUUACGAAAUGCUAUUGGUCACCAGCCGUGGCCGAGCCAUGCUGCCCAGAGACGUGGACAGGACCCGACUGGAGCGGCACCUGGCUCCUGAGGUGUUCUUUGAGAUCUUUGGGAUGGACAUUCAGGAGUUCGAUAAGUUACCUCUAUGGAAGCGCAACGACAUGAAGAAGAAAGCCAGACUCUUUUAACCAUAAAAACACACCAUACACUUCUGUAAUGUAGCCAUAUAUUUGCUUGUAAUCUCUCUUUCUUUCUCUCGCGGCCCUUGUAUGUGCAUAUGGGAAGGAACGUGGAGGGAUUUCAUUGGUUUUAUGUUUAUUGGUUAGCACAACAUAGUACCAUCGUUUAUUUCAGAUAAAAAAGUAAUGAGUCAUUACAUUAGCACAUAAGCACUGAAUGUUCAAAACUUUGUCUCUUUGGUUUUUCUGCUUCUUAGGUAACUUCCGCUUAUGUAAUAAGACGUUUUGUUUUCUUAAAUUCACAACGAGUCCAUUGGUAAUUGAAUGUAGUCGCGAUGAGCUUUCACCUAGGUGUGUAUGUUGGUUCGUCUUUAUGUAAGAUGUUAUAAGCUUAUAUAACAUAAGAGUAAGUUAUCCGUUUUCCACAUUUACUCCUUUAAAGUCUGCCACUCAAGUCUUUCUUAUUUAUCCAAUGCUGAAUUUUGCUCAAACCCACACUCUACACUUCAUAAAAACAAGCUGGAGCUGGUUCAUUUUACUCCGAACGGAAACCCGCACUGCCAUUUUAUUGUAUGUAUGAAUGACGAAGUAAAACGAUUGAUAAACUGUGACAGACAGCAACACCAAAGGUAUGGCCAUGCCUAAGAGAGCAAAAACAGCUGGGAUUUUCUCAGGAUCCUUUCCACUGAAGGCUUACUCGGACCAAACAUUUAUUGCUCAUGCAAAAUUACAGUUUCAGACUCUGACCUCAGAGCAGGGGUUUUUUUGUUUUGUUUUUGUUUUUGUUUUGUUGUCUGGGUGGUAGGUUCAGGAAUGGCAUGGCUUCUUCCUCUCUCUCUCUGUCUCUCUCUCUCGCUCUGUCUUUACACUCAAAACCGUACAGCUCUGUUUGGUGGUCAAAACUAAUUUCCAUGUUAAUCCGACUGCUUGCAAAACACCGGGAUUUGACAAGCGACAAAAACAUGAACUCUUCGUGAAUGGAAUAUUUUAUUGAUGUAAAAAGCUUCUCGUUAAUAAAACGCCGCAAAUCAGA